CAAAACCAAAACCCUACUUGAACCCUUGGUCUUCCCUCCCCACUAUACUCUCAUUUCCAAAAGAAACAGAGGAAGCUGCAGCCUGAACAAUGCAAUUCCUCUUCCGCUCCCUCCCUAAACCCCGCCACCAAGGUCACCGCCGCAGCCUCGUCGACUUUGCGGCCAUCAAGCACGUCAGAGACAGGGGCUUAGACCAUGCAGUUGAGCGAGAAAAGCACUUAAAGCCAGUGCUUUCAAUCAAGAACUUAAUAAAAUCAGAGCCAUCAAGAUCACUCCCUAUCUCCAUAGUCACUCAACAAAAAGACUUCCUCAAAAUACCAAUACGGCCAAUAGAGUUAAUUAGAAGAUACCCUUCAGUCUUUCAAGAAUUUCUACCUGGUGGCAUUGGAAUCCAUCCUCAUGUCAAGUUAACACAACAGGUACUUGACCUUGAUAUUGAAGAACAGUUAGUUUAUCAAAGUGAGAGUUAUAAGAACGAUGUUGCUAAUAGGCUUUUAAAGUUGUUAAUGAUUUCAAGAAUUGAUAAAAUUCCAUUAAAGCUUCUUGAUUUUUUAUUAUGGGAUUUGGGUUUGCCUCAAGAUUGUGUCAAGAGUUUGGUUCCUGAAUUCCCUGAUUAUUUUAGAGUUCUCGGGGAUAAGAAUUUGUCGCCUUGGUCGGGUUCGGAUUUGGGGUUGGAGUUGGUUUGCUGGAGUGAUGAACUGGCUGUUUCAGUUAUGGAAAAGAGGGCGAAAAGUAGAGAAACUGGUUAUGUUAAAGGGAUGCCUAUUGAGUUUCCAAUGCAGUUUUCGAAGGGUUUUGAAAUAGAUAAGAGGUUGAAGCAGUGGAUUGGUGACUGGCAAAAGUUGCCUUAUGUUUCUCCCUAUGAGAAUGCUAUGCAUCUUGGGCCUAAUACUGAUGAAUCAGAUAGGUGGGCGGUGGGUGUGUUGCAUGAGGUACUUAAUCUUUCUGUUUCGAAGAAAGUGGAGAAGGACACUUUGUUGUGUUUAGGAGAGUGGCUGGGGAUCCGGUCGAGGUUUAAGAGAGCAUUGCUACACCAUCCAGGGAUAUUUUAUUUGUCGAAUAAGAUAGGGACUUAUACUGUUGUUUUGAAGGAGGGAUAUAAGAGGGGAUUGUUAGUUGAGAAGAAUCCAGUGGUGGAUAUUAGGAAUCAGUAUAUUCAUCUUAUGCACACAGUUGUCGAAGAACGUAAAUCAAUUACUGUACAUGGAGGAAGCCAACAACAAGAAAAGAAGACUGAUGGCAAAUCUGAAGGGCAAGGAGAAAAACAAGAUGCUAAUGAUUGCGUGGAAGUGUCUGAUGCGGGGUCUGAUUUUGAGGAUGAUAGUGAAGAUGGUUACGAGUAUAAUGAGGAGGAGGGAGGCGAGAGUAGGAAAAAUGCUCAUAGAAAUGCCCCAACUAACAGGGGAAGAGCAGACAGGAAUAAGAAUUUGGAUGUGAGGGGGAACUUGAAGUAUGCUAGAAGAGAAAGGGGGGUUGAGAAACACCAUGGUAAGACAAGGGAUAAAGUUGUACAAAAUGACGACUAUAAGUAUAAUGAUGAUGAAGAGGAAGGCGAGAGUAGGACACAUGCUCGUACAAAAACCCCAAGGGGAAGAGCAGAUGAGAAUAAGAAUUUAGUUGCGAGGGGGCGGUCAAGAAAUGUUAGAAGAGAAAGGGAGGUCGAGAGACACCACGGUAAGACAAGGGAUAAAGUUGUAUCAGAAGAUGAUUAUAAGUACAACGAUGACGAGGAGGAAGGUGAAAUUAGGACACAUGCUCGUACAAAAUCCCCAAGGGGGAGAGCAGAUGAGAAUAAGAAUUUAGAUGUGAGGGGGCGCUCAAGAAAUGUUAGAAGAGAAAGGGAAGGUGAAAUUAGGACACAUGCUCGUACAAAAUCCUCAAGGGGGAGAGCAGAUGAGAAUAAGAAUUUAGAUGUGAGGGGGCGUUCAAGAAAUGUUAGAAGAGAAAGGGUGGUCGAGAAACACCACGGUAAGACAAGGGAUAAAGUUGUAUCAAAAGAUGAUUAUAUGUACAAUGAUGAUGAUGGGGAGGAAGGAGAGGGUAGGAGACAUGCUCAUAGAAAUGCCCCACGCAGCAGAGGAAGAGGAGAUAAGAAGACUACUUUAGAUUCAAGGGAGCAUGCAAGGAAUGCUGGAAGAGAUAGAGGGAUUGAAAAGCGCCAUUUCAAAACCAAGGAUAAAUUUCGACCAAAAGAUUCUAUCAGAAAAGAAAUGAGUAGAGGGUACAAUUUCCACGAAAGGUCACAAGAGUGAUCAGCUUCGCCUAAGAAAAAGAAGGAAUCAUUGACAGCCAAGAUGACUGCUACUUAAAAGAUUUAAUUAUCUGUCUAAACUAAUAAUCUGCAGGUUUCUUCGAUUCAUCAUCUUCUAUGCAAAAUUUCAAAUUCCUGGUGAUUAAUGAGAUAUGACAUUUGUUGCCAUUACUUUUGACCAUCAAGUCUGUUUAGACUUUAGAGUCUUUGAGACUCCGGAGAACAAUGGUUCUCUAGUUGCUGACCUGUCAAGAGUGUUGACAGUGGCUGUUGAACGCUAGAUGUCUGAAAUUACUCAAAAUGAUCUUUCACUUGUCCCUGACUAUUCUUCAAUGUUGAGAAAGAGCGCCACUUUUACUCGGACCUCGCAAGUUUAGUCUGGUUUGAAGGCUGAAGCUGCAAAUGCAGUAAGUUGGGUUGGAGAAGUCUUUCUGCUUCUGAUUUCUAAUUUAUGUCAACAAUAUAAGAUCAUUCCUUUGGAAUCAUUAUUUAGCUACCAUUUGGAGUUCUAUUAACACUUUAUACCUUCGACCCAUGUAUUUUGUUUGGCUUCAAAAAAUUAGUAUAAUUCAAAUGAUCAAAGCGCAUUUCAGACCA